AUGCAGACUCCCUUCUGGGCCAUCGCAGGCCUUUUAUCAAUCCUCACCCUCCACACCAGUUCUGCGUACCCCAGCUCCUUCCCAGCGGCCCGCGUCGUCUGGGAACCUUCUACUCCCGCAUGGCUCGAGUGCAUUACCGAGCGCAGGAACGGCGACCUCCUCAUAACUCGCUUCGACACCGGCCAGAUCUGGUCCGUGAGCAUGAACACUGGCGAACCCGCGCUGGUCUACGAGUUUUCCAACUCCUCUAGCAUCAAUUCGGCCUUGGGCAUCACCGAGUACCAGGAUGACGUCUUCGCCGUCAACGCCGGUCACACCCAAGACGGGCUGCCCGUCCGCGGCACGUGGGGCUUAUGGACCGUCGACUUGCGCGGCUGGCAUCCAGAACGCAAGCAGCUGCCUGCUGUUACGCUAAUUGUCAACAUCCCGGAUGCUGCCUUUCUGAACGGCAUAACCGUCCUUAACCCCGCCACCACACGCGGGCCCCGGGGCCAAGGCGUCGAGGCCAACCCCUUCUUCCUCCUUGCCGAUUCGUCCGUUGGGACAAUCUACGGCGUCGAUCUUGCCAACAAGACGCCGAGCAUCUUCUAUUCUAAUCCGGACUUGUUGGCACCACCAGCCACUGCCCCGUUCCCCGCCGGCCUCAACGGCAUCCAACUGCCUGCAGUUCGGAAGCCUGAAUACGUCUACUUCUCUGCCGGCUUGCGCGGUACCUUCUACCGCCUUAAGCUCGCAAACAACGCACCCGCCGUCGCGCAUAAUGCGGAGAUGGAGCUGCUCAUCGAGGGUUACCAAAUCCUGGACGACUUUGCACUGGAGGCGGAUGGCACGGCGUACCUGGCGACUUCCGUGGAAAACAAGAUAGUCCGACUAUCGCCUGGCGGUAACCAGACGAUCAUCGUGCAAGGUGAUAUAGUAGCCUCAUCGACGGCCGUACUGCUGACUCGCCGGGGCAGUAAGAAGAUCCUAUACGUGACGUCUGGCACGCGCGGCUCUGACCCGGACUUGAUUUCGGGAAAGCUGACCGAGAUCACGUUGUAA